AUGCCGCCGUACUCGACUUCCCAGAAACAAGCUAUCGCCCAGUUUGUCGCGCUGACUCAGACCAAGGAUGCAGUUGCUGCCCGGAAAAGAUCCACAUUAACUCUACGGGCAGAUUCGCCGGAUGACAACCCGGAUGGAAUCGGCAUCGAAGGUGCCAUGAAAUACCUAGGCGACCUGCAAGUGCAGUUGGACGAGGUAGCCUGUCUCGCCGUGGCGGAGCUGCUAAAGUGCCCAUCCAUGGGCGAGUUUACACGCGAGGAAUUCGUGAAGGGCUGGCGAGAUGUGAGCUGCGACACACUCCCCAAAAUGAUCGACUACGCGCAAAAGCUGCGACUCCGCAUCCCCACGGAGCCCGAGACCUUCCGGCGAGUCUACAGAUUCGCAUUCCCGCUGUCGCGGAUGCAAGGGCAGCGCAACCUGCAAUUCGAGAUCGCGAUGGAGCAGUGGCGGCUCUUUUUCACGCCGGACCACGGCGGCGUGCAGUGGAACACGUCGUCGACGCCGUGGUUGGACUGGUGGCUUGAGUUUUUGGAGAGCCGAGGGAAGAAGCCCGUCAACAAAGACCUGUGGGAGCAGACGGAAGUUUUUAUGCGGAAGACGCGCGAGGAUGAGGCAUUUGGGUGGUGGAGUCCCGAUGGGGCGUGGCCAGGGGCAUUGGAUGAUUUUGUGAGCUGGGUUGCGGCGAAGAGAGGGAAGGAAGGGUCUGAGAUGGAGCUGGAGUGA